ACAAAAUUAAAAUUAUUUGGAGAAUGUUUACAGCUGAUUCGAUUUCAUCUCAACGGAAGUCUUGGACAACUGAAGAAGAUCAAUUGUUAUAAGAAUUGCGAUAAAAAAUGGGUUUGGAUUGGAUUGAAGUAGCGCGUAGAAUUGGAUAAAGAAAUCCAUCUCAAUGUGCUUAAAGAUGGAAGAGAAUAAAGGGCUAUAAACUAAGGAGAUAAUGGACUUAGGAUGAAGAUGAGAAAGUAAAAAGUCUAGUAAAAGAAUAUGGAUAUCAUUGGAGUAGGAUUGCAAAAUUAAUGCCAAAUAGAUCAGGAAAAUAAAUCAGGGAACAUUAUUUAAAUUAAUUACAUCCAGAUUUAAAUAAUUAGCCUUGGAGUGCAGAAGAGGAUGAAAAAUUAAUUGAAAUAUACAAAAAAAUAGGUGGAAAAUGGUGUAUUAUUUAGAAAUAAUUGAAUGGCAGAUCAGAAAAUAGUAUCAAGAAUAGAUUUUAUUCAUAUUUAAGAAACAAAUAUUUUGGAGUGAAGAAUCCAUAUUAUAUUAUUCCAGAAUAAGAAUAAGUAAACAUAACAAAAGUGGAUUAAAAUUUGAACAAAACAAUAGAGAAUCAAACUCAAGAUUAUUCUAUUUAAACUAAUUUAAGUUAUGCUACUUAGUAUGUGUAACCAUAAAAUAUAUACCCAUAUCCUUCGAUGAGUCCAGUGAAUAAUUUUCAGUCAUUUUAAAUACUUUAUCCUGUAUUAACAUUUCCUUAGCCUCAUUAUGUAUUUUAAUUUAUGGCUAAUGUAAUCCAUCCAUGAUAAAUAGUGAUUAAUAAGUGUAUUAUUUAUAGAGU